AUGACUGCGUGGCACCGCCUCCCCGCCGCAGCGAGAGCGUUAUUCGGUGCGAAGGGAGGUUGUACGGGUUCCCAGCGCUCAUAUGACGAUGUGCUGCGUGUUAUGUAUGAGUUAACGUUGAGAGUUGUGAACCCAACGUACAGAAAUCGCACGCUUGCUAACACCUCGGGUAAGAGCGCUGAGCUGGUCGGGUUGCUCGUUGAGCGUCUCAAUAUGCGGCGCUGCCUUGACACGCUCCGUUUCGUUCAUGUGGCGGGGACGAAAGGAAAAGGCACCACGGCGUCCUAUACGGCAGCGCUCCUAGAGGCCUAUGGGCUCAAGGUUGGCCUCUUUACAUCACCCCAUGUUAAGGAUGUUCGAGAGCGCAUUAUGGUUAACAAUGAAGUUCUCCCAAUGGACACAUUUGUACACUAUUUUUUCCAAGUUGUAGAUUGUUUCGUGGAGCUUGCUGGUGCGGACAAGGAGGUGACUUGGGACCUCCCGGCACCAUGCAGUUUCUUCUGCCUGAUGUUUUUGGUUUCGUUGGUUGCUUUCGCAGGCGAGAGUGUUGACGUAGCUGUGGUGGAAGUUGGUAUCGGGGGCAGCCGCGACCCAACAAACAUCAUCAUUCCUGAGGCAAGCGUGAUAACAGCUCUUGGUAUCGACCAUACGGAAAUAUUAGGCGAUACGGUGGAGGAAAUUGCACUGCAAAAAGCCGGCAUCAUGAAACCUGGUGUCGUUUGUUAUGCCGCUCCUCAAGGCGAUCACCCAUCCACCCGUCGGGUGCUUAAAGAUUAUGCCGAGGGGGUAGACUCGCCAUUGGUAUUCGCGGAUGACGUUGCGGUGCCGACGGAUGGGUGGCCCUGCCUAUCAAUUGGAGGGGAGCACGCUGUGGAGAAUUCACGGUUAGCCUUGUUGGCGGCGCGCAGUGUGAUGGGAAUCCCACUCACACAACCGCUUGACGAUGUCGAGCGCCACGUACUUCAAAGGACGACAGUGAUGGGUCGCUCGCAGGUUUUGCCUGUUGGUGAUGGGAGCAAAGGCACCUUCUAUUUAGAUGGUGCGCACACGUAUGAAAGCUUAAGGUGCGCCACCCGCUGGUUUGUGAAGGAAAGCACCAAGAGGACUUGUGAUAGCAAGCCGAGGCGUGUCCUGUUGAUGUACUCGUCACGGCAGCCAGAACGUAUUGUCGAGGCGUUCAGACCCUUUGUUGAUAGCUUCUCCAAGGCCGUAUUCGUUUGUGCUCUCGAUCCAAAGGGAAUGAGGGAGAUAUGGAAGAACAACUCUGACGCUUACACUCAGGACAAAGCCACCGGACUAAUAAGAUGUUGGAAGACGCUGUGUGGGGCAGUCCCUUGCUUUUCACGGGCGGCACCGUUCGUGUCGGUAGAGGAGGUCGUUGAAGUUGUUUCUGCGGCAUCUAGCGAUGACGAAGACACGUCAAAACCAGUUCAAGUGUUUGUUACGGGGUCGUUUUUUUUGGUUUCCGACAUUGUGAAUUUGUAUGACUCGCAAGGGUCUUAA